GCAUACAUGGUAUGCACAGUUCAGCCGGACAGCUCCUUCCUGCUCUAUACCAACUGGACUCAACACGUCCAAUAUGUUUGGAUUAUCUAACAACAAGCACACUGCACUAGCACGCGGAGAGACAGAGCAGCUCGCGCCUAACCAAAGACGGUUUCCUUCCUCGGUAAGCUGGCCGAGCUAUCGAUCGGAUCAGGGGGAACCGCCCCGCCGAGCUCCAGAUGACGGCGCCGCUCGGCGUGAGGCUCCUCGUCGGCGCCGACGCGCCGACGCCCCUCCAGGAUUCGGCCGAGGACGCCGCGGCCUUCCUCGCCCUGCCGGUCAGCCUGCUCGGGAAGGAGUGCCUGAUGGACAGCGCCGGCAACCUCUACGCCAGGGUCGAGGCCCUGCCCCGCGCGGGCGCGGGCGCGGCCGAGGACGCCCUCCUCCGCGCGCCGGCGGGGGCGGUCGUCGUCGGCUCCGCCAAGCGCCUGCUCGCCCUCGCCGGCGCAAUGAGAGUGGCGGAGCGGCUGGCCGGCGGGAGGACGGCCCCCGCGGACCGCGCCGAGCCGAGCACCGCAGCCGACAUGGACAUCGACUCCGGCGGCGACGCCGUCUCCUCGAGCCAUUCGGGCAGGGAUCCGGGCGCCAAAAGGAGGCGCGGCGGCGGCGGCGACGACGCGCACGGCGUGCUCCAGAGGCCGGCGAAGCGCCGGAUCCUCGCGUGGAGGGUGCGCCGGUACCGGUCACUUGUGGCCAAGGCCAAGGCGACGGCGAGGAGGGCCAGGAUCCGGGCGGUGAGGAGGAGGGUGCCCGCUUGGAAGUGCGUCCAACGGCAGCUCGCGCGCGCCACCCUUAGCGGCGACGGCCUGCACAGAUGGAGCCCCGGCGGCGCCGGCGGCGAAGGAGGAGGAGCUGCUUAGCAAUUGGAAGAUCCGCUGGUAAUUAAAUCAGCUCAAUCCUCAUGCUAAUUAGGGAAUGGGAUUAGCACCCUAGCAUUUUGUUUUCCUGCUCGAUUAGACAGUGCUCCUUGACCCGAAUGACAGGGGUGCUCAGCUCAAUUAGGUUGGUCUUUUGUGAUGUUAUCCGAUUGCGUGUACAAAUUCCAUCUUUAUUCUCUGAAAAACUUACCGGUGGGGCAUUAAGCAAGAA